UUACGUCGUAAUGUAACGUGAAACAGCGCGUAACGAUGCCUUGGGUCGUGUUGAGGGUAACCGUAGGCUACGUACGGACUAGAUCGUUUGUACAUUAGUUUCUCGACUAUCAAAGCGAUACCGGUCGCACGGUGAAGUGUUCGCUUAUUCGUAUCUGUUUGUUCCAUUGUAAGUUUAAUAACGUGCUCGUACCUCGAUUUCGUCGCAUUGCGUGUCGAUCUGCGGUCAAAACAUGAGUGCAACUUCGAACGCGACAUACUUAGGGCUCGAUCUCAGCACGCAGCAGUUGAAAGCUGUAGUCGUCGAUAACGAUCUCGCUGUUCUCUGCGAAGCUAGCGUACAAUUCGAUAAUGAUCUGCCAGAAUUUAGAACGUAUGGAGGGGUCAUUCAAAAGAAAGAAGAGCCGCACGUGGCGGUAGCUCCCACUUUGAUGUGGGUGAAGGCUUUGGAAAUGAUACUUGAUAAAUUGCGCGUUUGUGGCGUCGAUUUUAGCAAAGUGGCCGCUAUUUCUGGAUGCGCACAGCAACAUGGCACAGUUUACUGGGGCAAGGGCAGCAGAAAUCACUUGCAACAAUUGAAUCCCGGAAAGUUCUUGCACGAGCAACUCGUCACGUCGUUUUCGGUGACAUCGUCACCUGUAUGGAUGGAUUCCAGCACGACCAAGGAGUGCAAUAUCUUGGAAGAGAUAGUGGGUGGUCCUCAAAAAUUAGCGGAGAUAACGGGAUCUCGGGCGUACGAAAGAUUCUCAGGACCUCAGAUAGCGAAAAUAGCACGCAGGAGGUCUGAAGCCUACAGUAACACUGAGAGAAUCUCUUUGAUUAGCAGUUUUCUUGCUUCCCUGUUCAUUGGCGACUUCGCACCUAUCGAUUAUUCCGAUGGAUCCGGAAUGAAUUUGUUAAAUAUUCAUACGAAAGAUUGGGACGAUGUGCUAUUAGAGACAUGCGGCCCGAAUCUAAGAGAGAAAUUAGGUAAACCCGUUCCUUCGUAUAGCGACGUCGGGCCAAUUUCAUCCUAUUUCGUGGAAAGAUUCUGCUUCGACGAGUCAUGCAGGAUAAUUGCAUUCACAGGAGACAAUGCAGGUUCUCUAAUAGGAAUGAGGUUGAAAGAAGGAGACAUCGCCUGCAGUUUAGGAACGAGCGAUACUUUGUUUUUGUCGCUGAACAAACCGAAAACUGUCUUGGAAGGUCAUGUCUUUUGCAACCCCCUCGACGAUAAAGCUUACAUGGCACUGCUUUGCUUCAAAAAUGGAUCUCUAACUCGCGAAAGAAUACGCGACAGCGCGGCACAGGGCUCGUGGCAGAUUUUUAACGAGUUACUGGACAGUACUCCACGUGGCAAUUUUGGAAAUUUAGGUUUAUAUUUUGACGCACAAGAAAUUUUACCAUUCGUCAUCGGCGACCAUAGAUUCAACAAAGCCAACGACAAGAUAUCUCGGUACAGCUCGAAAGAGGUAGAAGUAAGAGCUCUGAUCGAGGGUCAAUUCGUUGCCAAAAGAGCCCACGCCGAGGAUUUUGGUUUCGUUAUUGGUCCAAACACACGCAUCAUAGCAACAGGUGGUGCAUCUGCAAAUAAAGCCAUACUACAAGUACUUUCCGACGUUUUCAAUUCACCAGUGUACAUAUCGGAAAUGGCUAAUUCGGCCAUGAUAGGCGCAGCUUACCAAGCAAAACACGCUUUAUUACGAAAUGAAAGUAAUUUUGAUGAAAUAACACGUUGCUUACCAGAACCAGCACUUGUAUGCCGCCCUUACGAUGAUGCAGAAUCAAUAUACAAGUUAAUGGUUACACGUUAUCGAAAGAUUGUUGAAGAAAUUAAAAAAAAGACGAGUACAAACUGAAAUACGUAAAGCUUAUGUGUAUCACACAAAACCGGUUAAAUGAAGGGGCCUUUAUAUAGCAUAUUAGUAGAUAAUAGAAAAGCAUUUUUUGCAUUUAAAAUAUUUUUUAACUUAAUAAUAGCCACAGAAUUCUAUUCUGAUUGCGUGAUAGAUUUUUGAAUAUUUUACAAAACAUUUUUAGAAGCCUACUUUUAAAAUUGAAAUGCUGAAAUUUCAAUUAAUUUUAAUAAACUAAUCAAGGAUAUUAAAAACAACGAUAAAGAAUAUUAUCGUGAAUCUCUUCCUGUGAAAAACACAAGAUGCUUUAUAAUAAACAGUUAUUAAAAAUCAUUGCAAUAAAAAUAAAUACGAAAAAGAAAAUAUAUAAAUAUUAUAUUUUGUAUAUUUUGCAAAUUAAUGUUUUAUUGCAUAAUCUAGUUAAUUGCAAAUCACUAAUGCCUUACCGAUAAAAGUACAAGGUAAAACUAAGUGCAAUUUUUUAAA